AUGAACAAUAAAAUUUUGAAUACCCUAGCUAACGUAAUAGAUAACAAGGACGAUAUAAAGAGAAGGCUUGAACUUGGCCUAGCUACUUUGCGUGAGCUACAAGUCUGUGUUGAUAAUUGUCAACACCGGUUUGGUGGUAAAUCUGAAUUGGCAACAGAAGAUGACAUAAGAAUAGUUAACUUAUGUGAAAAAUGGGAAAAAUUGUUGAGCCAUGGACUUAAAACAAGUCUUUCUAAUUCCACAAUACAGAAUUUUGUUACUGCCGGAUUAAAUUUCACCUUUAAUAUAGUGAAUGUUGGGAAUUCUUUGUGGAGCUACAGUUGCCUUCAUCUAACAAAACAUGAGAAAGAAAGAUUUAAAAUACUUUCACAUAUUAAUACUCCUCUGGGGUACUUUCGAGCUUUCUUACGAGCCUCACUAAAUGAGAGGUCCCUGGAAAGGUAUUUGCAGAGCUGGAUCUCACAUGGCCUUCUAGCAGAAUAUUAUGAUGAAGGUGCAUUUGUUAGGAGUCCAGAAGCACAAUUACUUCCCGGUAUAGCCAAAGGCUUAUCAACCAUACUGUUUGCUUUAUCAAUCGACAGAGCAGAGAUGAAUGAAUCACAACAACCAAAUAAUAUAAACAAAGCCGAGCUAUUAAUACCAGUACCCACACCUGUUAGGACGUCUGGCAAUUCAAAACGUAAGCCAUUUAAACAGGUUAUUUCUUUUGAUAAAGUUGACGAUAAAAAGGAAGUUACACAGAAGAGAUCAUUGGAUACAAUACAGAGUGCUACAGAAUGUUCAUGGAGUAGUGCACCAGCUACGUGUCUUAACUCACCAGAUCCUAAAAUAACACCAAAGGCAUCAAACAGUGAACCAACUAGUUCAGAUUACAGGAACAGUCUAAGAUACUUCUUUCCGGACAGCGUUAAGGCAAUGGAAAAUCCACUGCAAAUACUAUCAAAGUUAUCUGAAAGCGCCAAAGAAAUAUUUUCCAGUUCACAGAACAGUAUAGAUAAGAAUGCUAAGGAUGAUGUGUCCGAUUUAAGUGUGAAUUGUCUCAAGUUAUCGGAAAGUGAUAGUGAAGAGGUGGCAGGGAGUAUUGAUGGAAGUACAUCAUGUUUGGAGCUUUGUUUCACAGAAGAUGAAACUCAUGAUAACAACAGCGUUAGUUCCGCUUUAGAUAGCAGAGAAAAGGACUUUAUGAACUUGCAAAUAAAGUUCAACCAGUAUGAAGCGUCAAGUAAAGAAAAAAUACAUAAAUUAGCAAAAGUAAUUAUAGAUCUAAGCAAAGAAAAUGAUAGAUUAAAGGAUCAAAUCAAAAAUUAUAUGUCAGCAGUGGAAUUGGGUAGGGCGAGGAAGGACAACGAAAAUACCGAACAAGAAAUAGAUAUGUAUGAGAGGAAAUUGGUUCAGGUAGCAGAAAUGCACGCAGAACUUAUGGAAUUCAAUCAACAUUUACAAAGACGGUUACAAGACUUGGAGACUAGCGGUUUGGAAGUUCUUGAUAUGCCUGAGUCAAAUGUCAAGGCUUACAUACCAAGUGCAUUCCUGGUUGGCAAGAAAACUCAGACCUAUCAUGUUUAUCAGGUUUUCCUAAAGCUUGGCCACGAAGAAUGGAACGUGUACCACAGAUAUGCCAAGUUUCAUGAACUGCACACGCAACUUAAAAAGUGCCAUCCCGAUAUAGCCAGCUACAAUUUCCCUCCCAAGAAGACAUUAAGAAAACGAGAUUCGCGCGUGGUUGAAUCUCGUCGUGUAGCCCUACAGUCCUAUCUGCGUCAUGUUUUGCUGUCGCUUCCCGAACUAAGGAACUGCACGAGUCGCGCCGCUCUCACUACACUACUGCCUUUCUUUGGAACUUCGUCAACAACAAAAGAGGAUGGUCUGAACAUAUUGCCAUCACGAUCACAGUCCUCAAACAACGUGUCGGCAAUCGACGGGCUUUGA